UUCAGGCAUUCCAACUUUUGUGAACAGCACCGUGUCAUCAUUGCAAGUAUUUGUUUAUUAUGGCGUUUGGACAUGGAAUGAAGCGUAUACCACAUGUAAACAGAACGGCCUUAAACUUUUAGAGAUUCAAACCCAAGAUGAUUAUUUAGCUAUCGGACAGUUAGUUGAUGUAUAUGAUUAUUUACAAAGAAUGGAUUACAUAUGGAUCGGGCUUCACGAACCGGACCCAAUAAACCACACUGACAUAAGGGUCUGGUCAGACUGUGGCGAAAGUAAAAGCUCAAAUUGGGAUCCGAAUUCACCGCCGUCGUCGGACCUCAGUGACACGUCAUUAUGUGUAGUGUUAGAUACAAGAACGAACUACUGGUAUACAACGAAGUGUAACGAUAUGCACUACUUUAUAUGCACUGGAGAGUAUGGUUCCAGUCAUAGCUACUCAAAUGGACUACAGUACACCAUGGGGUUGGGAGUUUCCGUUGGUCCGUACAAUGUUACAGAGGCAUCAUGCAAAGACAUGUGUUCAAAAUUGACAUAUGAUGACCAAGAGUGCUGGGGUUUUGCAGUUCUUCAAGCUGAAAUAGACACAUUGACAUAUUGCCAUCUUUUCUUUACGAAUAACUCAUAUACAAACAUAUCAAUAUUCACUGAACCGAGCACAGAGCCUUACAUAUUCCAUUCGAAACUGAUUUGGUCAGAUACACUUAUGCUUAGAGAAGGUGACGCUGAUUACAGUCUUGUACCAAAAUCAUGCUGUGAUGUGUCAGGAAUUAUGUCAGAAUGUCCUGAUAACAAUGUACCAGAUCAUAGUGCGUCAAUACCGACAACAGAAAAGAUAGAGUUUGUGCUAUAUACGGCGAUCAGUUCAUGGAACGAGGCGUUGUCGGCAUGCAGUUCUGUUGGGGGUACAUUAUUACAAGUGGAUGAUGCAUCAAAACGACAUAUGUUACAGCGUUACGUGAAUGCAUGGAUCACAGAUGGCGAUCUAACUGGCGAUUUAUGGAUCGGUCUCUCUCAGUUACAUUCGGACGAUCCUUGUUCGCUUCGUUGGGCCUCGGACUGUUCCCUGCCGGACUGGACAGAUUUUACGGACCCUUUCUACACAGCGGAUAUAAACAACUAUUGUACAGCGAUCAACAACGAUAUGCAAUUCGUCAAAAGACCAUGCGUUAUGACAUUGCAAUUUGUGUGCGAAAUGAAAAUAGGGCCUUGUGACAUGUUAGACGUUUUAUUCGACAUCGACUGCUCUCUUGGUCCAUAUGGUUCACUUCAAAGCGUUCCUUUAGUCACGUGUGUAGCAGACUGUCAUUCAGUGAUAAAAGAUGGUACUGAAUGUUGGGCAGCUGUGAAAACAGGACCGCUCACUUGUAACCUGGUGUUUGAUGUAGAUCCAGGUUAUUGUAAGGAAAAUAAUGUAGUGAAGAAUGGAUAUGAAGUCUUCUUUAAAUCAUGUUUCUCUGCCUCAGUUUUCAGAUUUCCUCCUCUCGUAUCCAAUGAUUCCAGUGUACUGCCAAAUACCCCGUGCUUGGAUUUAAUGCCUACCGAUUUAAGUGACCAAUUGUGUUAUACAACAACAACUACAACAACAAUUACUACUACUAGCACAGUGUCAACAAGUUCGAUUUCAUGGUCGACAUCAAGUACAGAGUCCCAGUCACCAACCACUUCAGAAAACUCAUUACUCACAUCUUCAGUUUCACCGCUUUUGUCUAUUGGAUUAACCACAACACUCUUGUCGCCCUCGACUUCAGAACAAGUGUCAUCAAUGUCAUCAAUUUCUACGCUCACAUCUUCUGAAUCAUACUCAACAUACGAGUUGUCAUCUACCUCAUCAUCAGUUACAUCAACUACUUCAAUUUUACCGUCAGUAUCUUUUGAAUCAAGCACAACACUUCAGUCUUCGUCUGUUACAGGACAUGUGUCAUCAACACACUCAACAACUGUUUCUCCUGAAGUUGAAACAGAUACCAUUUCUUCUUUAACAACAUUAUCAGUUUCUACAGAAUCAGCAAUUUCAGCAUCUUUCACAUAUUUGACCACUUGCACAACAAACAACUUGUCAACCACUACACUUUUGAGCAUGUCUACUCAAAGUUCCGCGUUAUCUACGUCUCAAUUUACCAAACCUUUGUUCAUUAUGCCGUGUUUGUGUAACACUUACAACAAGUCUAAAAUGACUAUCAGCGAGUGGAAUGAAUGGUUCGCAUUAUCAAACACAGUAGCGAAACAAAACAUAUCACGGUAUAGGAGAAAGCUGACUAGCAUCUCCGACAAACGUAAAUCCUCACUAACUAUAGGAAUUAUUGCGUCAGUCGUAUUUAUAGCAUUAGCGAUAUACAUCAUAACGACAGAUAUACCUAUUGUUAUGAAAAGUAUAUCUUAUAUCCAUGGUAUAAGAUCGGCCACUGAUAAGGUUAUGACAAAAUAUAAAUCAAAUGAAAUUGAAGUAGUCUAAUAACUAUCUGAAGACAAGAAAAAUAAUUGCAAUAUUAAGGACACGAUGUAACAAAUUUUAAUUGCUUAAUAAGCAAUUAGAAUUAAAUCAAAAUGUUACUUUUUGUUUAAUGAUGUUUUCGCAUUGCAUUUGCUUUGCUCAGGUACUUUCAAUAAAAGUUCUGAAAGUUAUUUGAUUGAUCAUUACGUAGUAUUUCAUUUUCUUUCUAUCAAUACCUGUGUUUGUGGAGAUUUGCUUUAUAUGUUGAAGUUGUACUUUUUCUUCAUUACGACAAAGAAUAAGUUUUUUUCACUUUUGCUACGAAAGUGACCAAUGGUGAUACAAAAAAGGCUUCGAUCUUAAAUGAUAUUUCAGUCCUUCCAUAAAUCAUUGACCGCUGCCUUUUACAUGCCACAAAGUUGCUACCUAAUAACAAUAUGGAAACAGUGCAUGAUCUGUUAAGUGUUAAUAUUUUAACACUUUAAGUUGCAAAUUUGUAAAUAAAGAAUAACAUCAACAAUACGUACCAUGCAGGUCAACAAAAAAAAACUAAUUUUAAGUAAUUUACAUGUCUUAAUGUUAAAAAGAUUUACUAUUGUCAUGUUGGCCAGUAUGCUCAUCGUAUUUUUAAUAUAUUCAGAAUACACUGAUUACACUAAACAGAAACUGGCAGCUUUCAGUUCCCAUAGUUCACCACAAUCCGAUCAUUGUGACAGUAAUUAUUACAGCAGAUUAUGAAAAUCAGAUAAGAUAAACUAUAUAUAACUCCAAAGCUAACUUCAACGUAAUACACGAGAUAAAUCUACCGCAUGGGAAGAAUGAAGCUCUUUGUUGCAGUCCUAAUCGGAUGUUUUUAUGUGGUAUCCAGUUCUCACAUAGAAAAGAGGGCAACAUUUGCAUCUGGGUCUGUAUCACAGGCUUGUCUACAAUGUAUAUGCAACCUGGAGUCCGGGGGAUGUCAUCCUAUAGGUUGUAAUAUGGAUGAAGGAACGCUCUCGUGCGGAUAUUUUCAGAUCAAAGAACCAUACUGGAUUGAUUGCGGACGACCAGGAUCCG